UGUGGAAGGAAGGAGCGGGAGAAGGAGAUCCUCCCUGCCGGCUGCCGCCCCCACGGCCACGCCUCUUUCCCAUAUCCCCACACACGCCCAUCGCCCUCCCUCGCACAUUCCCUUCUCACCACCUUUGUUUCCUCCCCCCGACCGCCGGCCGUUCCCUACGUUCCGUCCCCUCGGCUCCCACCACAUGCUGCGGCGGCGCGGGCGCCUCCCCGCGGCACCGUGGCUCGUCGCCGUGACGCUUUCGGCGCUGCUGCUCGCGGCGGCGCGGCCGGCGGUGGGCGCGGCGGCGUGGUGCAUCGCGCGGAGCGGGGCGUCGGAGAAGGCGCUGCAGUCGGCGCUGGACUACGCGUGCGGCCCCGCGGGGGGCGCCGACUGCGCGCCCAUCCAGGCCAGCGGCCUCUGCUACCUGCCCAACACCCUCGCCGCGCACGCCUCCUACGCCUUCAACUCCAUCUUCCAGCGCUCCCGCGCCGCGCCGGGGGCCUGCGACUUCGCCGGCACCGCCACCGUCACGCUCACCGACCCCAGUUAUGGAUCAUGCACCUACCCUUCAUCUCCAAGCACUGCCGGGCAAUCAGGAACACCAGGCUCAGCAUCCUCCACUCCGAGCUCCACGUUUAAGUCACCACCAGGCACUGGAGGAUUGAGCCCACCUGAUGUCGAUUCGACAGACUCCUAUGCUGAAACUCCACCUGCCGCAUCCUUCUUGUCUCUUGCUCUGUCCUGUUUCAUGUACAUGUUCUUGCAGUUGUGGUGAUGCAGCCCACCUGAUCUAGUUAGAGUGUUAAACUCUGUAGAGCAUUGCCAUGUUGCAUUUGCAUCAUGAUGUAAGAGACACCACAACAGUUUUGUUUCAGGGUUGGUUGGUGGUAGCGGUUGUAACCUGCCUUUCAAGUGGAAGGCAAGAGUGCCGGUCAGUUGGAUUCUCUCAACCUAUUAUGAUUCUUUUUUUCCUCGGGGUUCUGAUUCUGUUUGUCAUAGCUGUUAAUUUCCUUUUGCCAA